GUGACUUUUAUUGUUGUGCUGUUGGUGCCCCCAUUUGCCAAUCUUUUGUUUACAAAUGGCAGCAUAAAUGUCAAACUUGUGAUUUAAAUGCAUUUAAAAUAAAAAUGAUUUUCUCACGUAGAUAUGGGCAAUAUAUGCUGUUGUAAAACACGGUUAAAAAGGAAAAUCGUCUUGUUGUUAGUGGGACUGGAUAACGCUGGAAAAACUGUUGCUGCGAAAGGCUUAGCGGGUGAAUCGGUCGAUUCAGUGGUCCCGACUGUCGGCUUCUCUGUUGUUAAUUUAAGCUACCACAAUUACAUCGUCAAAGUGUUUGAUUUAGGGGGAGGCCCAAACAUUCGCGGAAUCUGGCACAAAUAUUUCGUUGAUGCCCACGGUGUGAUUUUCGUGGUCGAUUCGAGCGAUAUUUUGCGUCUUGAUGAGGCAAAGGACGUGCUAAGGGAGCUCCUAUCGCACGAGAAAAUUGCACGAAAGCCAGUCCUAGUUUUAGCUAAUAAACAAGACAACGAAAAUGCCUUAGACGAGGUCGAUAUCAUCGAAAAACUGGACUUGGAGCAAAUCGUAAACGGGAAUGAGUGUCCCACUUUGGUGGAGAGUUGUUCGGCGGUGGAAACACCAGGGAAUUUGCGGAUCGAUCCCGGGAUUAAAAAGGGAUACGAAUGGUUGCUGAGUUACAUUGUUAGGAACUACGAGAUUUUAAAUAAGCGGGUUGAGGAGGACGUUAUGCAGCAAAUCGCGCUGGAAAACCGGUUAAGAACUGAAAAAAUCGAGAAAAUCCGGGCGUUGAAAGAAGCCGAGUUGAAGCGAAAACAACAGGAUGAAGACGCGAUUGAAUCCUACUCGAAUUACGAGCGGAAAAUGAACGGACAAUUGCAGGAAGAAGCACAAAAUGAGAGUGAUGUGAGCGAGACUUCGUCCGAUUCUUUCCCUCCAGUUUAUCACGUCAAGGAAGAUAUUUUACUAGAGCGGCCUAAAUCAGCCGUUCAGAUCAUAAGGCAGCAGUUGGAGUUGAAUGCGCCUAGUAAAAAGUCGUUCAUUUCGCGGGCCUCGAACAAGACAGCCCCCUUGCACCUGUACGGUGUCCAAGUGCCUCGGUCGGCGUCUGCAGAGAGGAAAAUCUUCGAUGUGCAGCGACGGCACUUAAAAUCGGCCGGUGAUGCGCCUUUCAGACUCACCGAAUUACCUAAUGUGCCUAUGACAAGUGGUGAUGAGUUUCAUAACGAAAUUUACGAUUUGAUGAAUUUUGAUACAACCAGCAAUAAAAUAGUUGGUGAUGUUCAUAAGGAUAAGACAAACGGGUGGUUUCACAAAACCAAGAAUGGUGAUAUAAACGGAAUAAGCGUUGUCAAUGUAGAUUUGUAGUUUUAGCACAAUUGUCUAGUCGUAAGCUUUUAGUCUAUUUUUAUAUGCACUAAGCACGUAUUUAUAUUUGAUAAGAGACAAGAAUUGUAUUUACAAAAGGGACAACCUUUAAUUCAUAGAUUUACGGAAAUUGUUAUUUAUUCAACCGAGCGGAAAAAUAAAGUACUGUUUCUAGAA